GAAGCGCGUUUCAAAGCUUGCACGUCGUACGCUCCGCGUCAGUUGCAUUAUCGACUUCGUUCACCUUGCGAUCGCGUGUACCGCGACGCGACAUCGUUUGGAUACGGUUUCAUUUUAAUAUCGCAUGUGAAAAUUGUUUAACUUAAAAGCGCAUAGUUGCAAAAACAUCAGAAAACAAAAGGUUUAAAUGAAAUGUGUGCCGGCAGCGUCAAAUGGGCGUAUGUGUAAUGGAAUGUAAUGCAGAAAUGUUUUAAGCAUACAUUAUCGAUAGCAAACAAUCGAUUUUACUGCUUAUUUUUAACUGUAGUACCUGGAUAUAUAAUAUUAAACAUAAUAUGAUCUAAAAGCAAUUAAUAAGAAAUGAAAAUCAUUUUUAAAGUAAAUUAAGAAUUGUUUAUAAAGUAAAUGAUAAAAUUAUAAUUAAAUCGAACAAUAAUUAUACCUUAAAAGCGAGUACGAAACAGAAGAGAAAAAGAAUACCUUAAAGUGAACCAGAAGACGAGUCAACGAAUUUGCAGACCUAAAAAUCUUGGCUAAAAACGAUUGGCAACGAGUUUAAAGGAUUCGCAGCUGCAAGUGGAAUAACAUACAUACAUUGCACACACAUACAUCUACACAUAAAUACCGACCUCAGAAUACUACAUGAAGAAACCGACAACGAAAAGCAAAAAAGAUUCAUGCCAUGUUCCCACUAACCAACCGCUCUUCGAGUGGCAAAAGCACCAACAAAAUCAACAGUAACAGCAACAGCAACAGCAACACUAACACUAACAACAGCAACAUUGGCAUCGACAGCAACGGCAACGGGAACGGCAAGGAUAAAAUAAAUUUCCAAAAUAAUUGGAGCUGCAAUAAAACAACCGGUCGGCGUGCUGGAAGUGGGUAUAGCUGCAGUUUCUUAGAUCUUCAAUCAAUACGACGGCUCUUGGAACACGAUGCCAGCGGCUCAGUGUGCCCCUCGUGCCGCAUCUCCUUCGAUAAGGGCAAGCGACGGAAACUGAUCGACACCUGUGGACACGAACGCUGUUAUUCCUGCAUGUUCCGCAACGAUCAGUGCCCCAUGUGCAUGAACAGCUCGCUGAAAGAUGUUGAUGGCGCCAAUGCUCAGGGCUACGACACCGGCAUCGGGGGCUCCACAUCGACAAUUGUCAGUCCCCUCGGCUCACCGCAGCCCCAGUUAAGAUCCCAUGCGCAGAGGAACGCGGCUUUGGCGCGUUAUAUGCAGCAGCAUCGCCAGGAGUCGCAGUCACCGGAUUAUCACCGUUAUGCGAGCAUUGGCAAAUUGCCCCGUGCGGUGGCAAGCAACGGCAAUGGCAACAGCAUUGGCAAUGGGUUUGUUGGCAACACACACACCGUUACCGUCGACAUACACCAGCAUCAGCAUAACAAUGCAAUCGGCAAGCAACAACAACAGACGAGCAACAACAACAACAGCAACAACAGCACUGGCAACAACCACAACAGCAACAACAAUUUACACUUGCAAUACAGCGAGUUGCAUGCAACACCAUCAUUUGCAACGCCACCAACGCGUCGGCGUUUCUUCAAUCACAAGAAUCUUCGCAGCGCUCUCACCGGACACCGACGCACUGCCUCCAAUGGAGGCUGUCCCCUGGACACGGCAUCGAUAUUAUCUGGCGACUCUCCACACUCACCUCAUCAUCAACUUCAUCAUCCAGAUCAUCAUCGAGUCAGUGGCAAGGAGACCAAUGCCUUGAAUACUUCCACUUGUUCGGACUCGGCGGUUACUCGACGUCGUCGUAAAAAUGUUAGCAACAACAAUCUGAAGACCUCAACGGAACAUGGGGCCAACAGUGAGAAUCGUCUGAAUCGUCUCAGUUUAGCUGGAACCUCCAUCAAAUGUCUGAUCAAAUCCCUCUGGAGUGUCAACUCCUCCAAUUCAAGCGAUGCGGGACUCAAUCAACUAGCAGGCAGCGACACCUUGGGCAUUGAACAUCACUCGCACUCGCUGCUCAAUGAGAAACAGCAGAAGGAUCAGCUUCGAGCUCGUCUCGGCCUCUUGUUGAACGACAACAACAAUUGCAGCAGCAGCAGCAGCGAUCACAAUGGGAAUUCGACGAGCACCACAAGCAGUGGUGCCGGUUGCACCACCAACAUCAGCAGCAGCACCACAGCGAACAGCAGCAGCUCCUCGCAGAACAUCAGUCCAGAGCAGACCUUGGCCUGCGGUGUGCUCAGUGGCAGUCAACUGUCGGUGGCCACCUGCACCACCAAGGAGGAUGCACUGAGUCUGUGCAGUAAAUUCAAGAUGGGUUGCUCAAUGCAGGAACAUGCCUACGAGGCCUUGCCAUUGGCCAAGGCACGCAAGGGCGCCACACGACGCUCCACAAGAGUGCAACCUGUUGCUGGAACGGGAGCAGGGGGCGGAGGUAACGCUGCAGCGGGCUCUGUGGGUGCAAACGUCACGGGUGGUGCGGUCAGUAAGCGAGCAGCAGCAGCAGCAGCUUUGGCAGCGGUGCAGUUGGCCUUGAAACCACUUUUCUUCGAGGUGCCACUGCAGGAACCAGAUCCGCCCUACGUUGGGCGCCAAUGGUUGGUGCAACAGCUGUCGAACAUUCUCCUAGGCACGGAUACGCGUGUGGUGCUUAUCAAUGGCCAACCGGGCACUGGGAAGACUGCCUUCUGUCUGCAGCUGGUGGAGUACUCGUGCUUUGGUCGUCGCCGGAUGCAGCAGCAGGAGGAUGCGGAUGCUAUCUACAGUCAGCUGGGAGCACAGAAUGAAAGAAUGCGUGGAUUGGCCUCGCACAUGGUUGGCUAUCAUUUUUGCCAGUCGGAUGCGAAUCUCACUUGCCAGGUGCCGGACUUUGUCCACUCUCUGUCGGCACAGCUCUGUCAGGCACCUCAGCUGACCGCGUAUCGGGAUUAUCUGCUCUCCGAGCCGCAUCUGCAGGACAUUUUGAGUGUGAGGGAAUGCAUUGCGGAUGCGGAGCGUGUCAUGCGUUUGGCCAUACUGGAACCCUUGGCUCAACUGCAUCGGGCGGGAAAGAUACCCGCCAAGGUCGCUGUCAUCCUGGUGGAUGCACUCUGCGAGGCGGAAUACCAUCGACCGGAUCAUGGACAUACCAUAGCCAGUUUUCUGGCCCAGCUCACGCCACACUUUCCAGCCUGGCUCAAAUUGGUUGCCACGGUGCGCACCCAGAUGCUGGAGCUGGUUAAGGCGCCCAGCUACACACAACUCACCCUGGACAGCUGGGCGAGCAGUCAGACCCUGCAGCAGGACAUGCUGGACUACAUCACUGCCCGCAUCUCGCAUUGCCCCGAGAUACAGCACAACAUUGGCGGCACUUUGGCCCAAUCCCAGGCCAAGUUCGUCUCGCAUCUGCAGUCGUUGAGUCGUGGAUCCAUGCUGUACGCCAAGCUCAUUCUGGACCUGAUUGCGCGUGGUCAACUGGUGGUCAAGUCAUCCAGCUACAAGGUGCUGCCCGUAUCCCUAGCACAGAUCUUCUUGCUCCACUUUAAUCUGAGAUUUCCCACGUCGCGUAGUUUUGAUCAGACGGCUCCCAUCCUAAAUGUUUGCCUAGCUGCACUGUAUCCACUGACGCUGGACGAGAUCUACUACAGCAUAGAGGCACUGCAUCAUGGACAGGAGCCACUGAGUUGGCCACAGUUCAUGCAACGCUUCAAGCUGCUGGACGGCUUCCUCAUCAAGCGACUGGACAACACCUACAUGUUCUUUCAUAGCUCACUUCGGGAAUGGCUAAUGCGUCGGGAUGAGGGAGAGUCCAGCAAAUUCCUCUGCGAUGCACGACUUGGACAUGCGGGCAUUGCAUUCAGGCUGUCGCGUCUCCAGGCUCCGUUGCAGCCACAGCUCACCCUCGAGCUGGGACACCACAUGCUCAAGGCCCAUCUCUAUAGCAGCAGCCAGGCGGCACUCUCCCCGAGAGAUCUUCAAUCCUAUUGGCUGGCUGGGGCCGCGGACAACAUCUCUGCCGCCCUGGGUGCACUGCGCAACGUCUACAGUCCCAAUGUGAAGGUGUCACGCCUGGUACUGCUCGCUGGCGCCUCUCCGGAUCAUCGCACCGAUUACAUGGGAGAUGCUCCCAUUUUGUGCAUUGCCGCCCACGAGGGAAUCCUGCCUAUGGUAAGCCUGCUCCUGGAGUUUGGCGCCGAUGUGGGACUCACCAACAGCCAGGGUUGCACACCACUCAUCCUGGCCGCAAUGCGUGGCCACUGCGAUGUGGUGCGUCGCCUGGUCGCUGCCGGCAGCAGCUUGGGGCAGCUGGACACCACACAACGUUGUGCGCUGGUGCAUGCCGCACGCAUGGGGCAUCUCAGUGUGGUGCAAUAUCUGCUCGCUUGCGAUUGGUCGCCACGUGCGUCCUCCCAGGAUGUAGGUCGUUGUCUGGCCCUGCAGCAGGCGUUGAUUGGAGCUGCUGCCCAGGCGCAUGUGAAAAUCCUCGAGGAUCUCUUGGAUCUCAACGAGCACGAGCAUGAUGACCUAAGUGUCAAUGUGAAUGGCCUGGAGCCGAGCAGUGGCGAGUUGGCUCUCACAGCUGCUGCCCGACAUGGCUGUGUGGAUGCAGUGAAUAUACUCAUGUCCCGUGGAGCACAGAUUGAUGCCAGGAAUCGCCAGGGCUACACUGCCUUGUGGCUGGCCGUUAAGGAGGGACAUUGGAGCGUCGUGGAGCAGCUGCUGCAACGUGGAGCGCUGUUGGAUGAGCCGCUGGGUCAAGCUCGCAAGACACCGCUGAUGAUUGCCGCCGAGGAGGGACACAUCGAGCUGUUGGAGCUGCUCCUAGCUCGCGGUGCUGCUCUGGAGGCCGAGGAUCAUGAGGGAUUCACAGCGUUAAGCUGGGCAUGUCUGCGGGGACAUUUAACGGCGACAAAGCGACUCAUCGAACAUGGCUGCAAUCGACAGCACGAGGAUCACAAUGGCCGCACUGCCUUGGACCUGGCGGCCUACCAGGGUGCAGCCAGUCUGGUGCUCUAUCUGCUGGAGCAGGGUGCCAAUCUGGAACACAUUGAUGUGCAUGGCAUGCGACCUUUGGAUCGUUCCAUUGCCUGCCGCAACAUCCAGGCGGUGCAGGUGUUUCUGCGCAAGGGCGCCAAGCUGGGGCCUACCACUUGGAGCAUGGCCAUGGGCAAGCCGGAGAUCCUCGUCGUGCUGCUCAACAAACUGCUGGAAGAUGGCAAUGUGCUGUACCGCAAGAAUCGUUUCCAGGAUGCCGCACAUCGCUAUCAAUAUGCAUUGCGAAAAAUAUCCGGCCUCGAGCAACUUCUCGAGCGGAAUGCGGUCUUUGCCCAGCUGCGCACCAAUCUGCUGCUAAAUCUGUCGCGAUGCAAGCGAAAACUGAAUGAACUUGACGCCUCCAUAGAUUUGGCCACGCAAGCCAUACUCCAGAAGCCGCACAGCUACGAGGGCUACUAUGCCCGGGCCAAGGCGCGCAUGGAGCUGGGUGCGUUGAAUGAGGCACUUGUCGAUGCCAACGAUGCCAUGCAACAGGCGGCACAAAGUGGCGUCCUUUGCGAGGUCGUAGAAGUCUUGAAGCGCAUCCAGGCCGAGCUCCUCACGCGCAUUACCAGCGAGGAUCAAUCCUCCUCCGGCAAGUUGGCCAGCGCUGGAGCUGGACCUGGACCUGGAGCUAGUGCUGUCUACGAAUCUCAGCAAGAGAUCACCGAUUUGUAAAAUGUCCUUUGUUGUUAUUGCACUCGUCCUUUCGAAUUCGAAUCACAACCUUAAUUUUAUAUAAUUAAAUUCAUUUAAUUUACGUUGUAUGUAUUUAGCUCUAGUUCUUAAUUGUUUUCUACUAUUUAUUGCCUUUGGACGUUUUUAAUUUAAAAAUUUAAUUUAACUAUUCAUUUUCUUAACGCAUGUAAAAAUUAGAUUUAAUAAACCUAAUUCACUUAAGUUUACAUUGAUUAAUUAAAUAAUUGCGAAUUUA